AUGGCAUCCUCCUCCAAAUUAAAGCCCCCAGGGGAUCACAAGCAGAGUUCUCGGCUUCCACCGCCCUCUCUCUUCCUUGCGCCUCCCAGCCAAGCCGCUUCCACCAACUCAUUGCUUCUGCAACCUACCAACUCUGCCACUGGACAGCCUGGCAUACCGCCCUUACUGCGCUCUCGCUCAACGCGGGACCAGCAGGCCGCAUCUCAUCAAUCUGAUACAUCACGCCCUUUAGAGCAUUUUCAAUCUGCGCCGUCCCAUUCCCAGCAGCAAGCAUCUGAACAACCCCCACCACUUUUCUCUAGAUCAUCUGGGCAGGCAGCAAUGGAACGCGCCGAUGCCCUCUGGGCUGAGAUGCAGAACACGCUGGAAGACGUAGAGCUGAGUGCAGCGAGCAGCACACAUGUCUUUGGUGCAGAGCAUUCUCGAGCAAUCGAGGAACUAGGACAAAAGCAAAUUGCCUUGGCGCAGGCUUGGGCGCACGGCGAAAGGGAUGGCGAACAAGAAUUGGAGCAAGAAAAGGCCACUCUAGCGGCCGAUGGAGGUGAUGCUCGAACGGGGAGAGCGCAAACAACAAAACCAGAAAGUACUACAAAACACAGUGAGCUAGAGCUUGGCACGGAUGAUGAUAUUGUUCUCGCUCGAAGACGACGUGAAGCAAAUGACAGAUAUUUCCACAGCGUAAAAGCCGGGGUACAAGACGUUGUAGCAAAACUUGAGGAUGUCGCCGUUGCAAUGCGUGGUGUUGAGCAGGCAAGUAAAGAGUUGUGGGAAGACAACGACAGUGUGACGGGUAGUUUGGCUUCGUAA